GCAAUAGAAUCCAGCAAAGGCUGCGCACACAAACACGCGCAAGCUCACCUGCACGCCAGAGAAGAUGGACGCGGCUUACAAGAGGGUCAACGGGAACUCCGUUCAGGACGCCCAGCCCAAUGAACAGGACAAAGUGAAGCGGCGCGGCUCCAUGUACCUGGAGGAGGAGACAAGCAAGAAGAACGAAGUGGUCUCCUGCAUCUUCUCACUGAAGGAGGAGGUGGGCGCCUUGGCCCGAGCGCUCAGACUCUUUGAGGACAAGGGCAUCAACCUGACACAUAUCGAGUCCCGGCCGUCGCGCGUCAGCCAGGAGCAGUACGAGUUCUUCAUCAGCGUGGACUCCAACUGCUCGCCGGCCCUGGACGAUGUCAUCGAAUGCCUGCGCGCGCAGAUCAGCGGCCAGGUGCACGAGCUGUCGCGCAACAAACAGAAGGACACCGUGCCAUGGUUCCCCAACGACAUUCAGGACUUGGACCGCUUUGCCAACCAGAUCCUCAGCUAUGGCUCGGAGCUGGAUGCCGAUCACCCGGGCUUCACAGAUCCAGUGUACCGCAGCCGCAGGAAGGAGUUCGCCGACAUCGCCUACAACUACAGACAUGGCCAGCCCAUCCCUCGGGUGGAGUACACAGAGGACGAAAAGGCCACAUGGGGUACCGUAUUCAAGGAGCUCAAGACCCUGUACCCAACUCACGCCUGCCGUGAGCACAACAGAGUCUUCCCGCUGCUGGAAAAAUACUGCGGCUACAGGCAGGACAACAUCCCGCAGCUGGAGGAUGUGUCCCGCUUCCUGCAGUCCUGUACUGGUUUUCGGCUUCGCCCGGUUGCCGGCUUGCUCUCCUCCCGGGACUUCCUCGCCGGCCUCGCCUUCCGCGUCUUCCAUUCCACGCAGUACAUCCGCCAUGGCUCCAAGCCCACCUACACACCUGAGCCUGAUAUCUGCCAUGAACUCCUGGGGCAUGUCCCACUCUUUGCUGAUUCGGGUUUCGCCCAGUUCUCCCAGGAGAUCGGUCUGGCUUCUCUAGGCGCCCCGGACGAAUACAUUGAGAAACUUGCGACGGUCUACUGGUUCACCGUGGAGUUUGGCUUGUGCAAGCAGGGCUCCGACACGAGAGCAUUUGGAGCGGGAUUGUUGUCGUCGUUUGGAGAGCUGCAGUACUGCCUGACCGACAAACCCAAACUACUUCCCUUUGACCCAGAGAAGACCAGCGUCCAGAAAUACCCAAUCACAGAGUACCAGCCGGUCUACUUUGUCGCCGAGAGCUUUGAUGAUGCCAAAGACAGAGUCAGGAAGUUUGCCGGCACCAUUCCUCGGCCCUUCUCUGUGCGCUACAACCCUUACACCCAGAGCGUGGAGGUGCUGGACAACACCCAGCAGCUCAGCAAUCUGGCCAACAGCAUCAAGAGUGAAAUGGGGAAAUUAUGCGAAGCCCUGAAGAAAUUGGAGUGACGUCAUGACUGACUGGCCUGAAACCUAUUAUACUCCCCCUAUUAGCAUUUUUGUAUUAAAACACGUCACUAUGAAU